AUGAACUCCUAUUUCGAGCAGGGUGGUUUCUACGGGGCGCACGGCGUGCACCAAGGCGGCGGUGGUGGCGACCAGUAUCGGGGCUUCCCACUUGGUUUGACUUACGCACAGCCCCACGCGCUACAUCAGCCACGACCCCAGGAUUCACCUUACGAUGCCUCAGUGGCGGCUGCGUGCAAGCUGUACGCCGGGGAGCAACAGUAUGCUAAAGCGGACUGUUCGAAGGCUGGUGGGGAGCAACAAAAUGGUUAUGGUGGAAAGGAGGCAUGGGGUUCUGGUUUAGGAGCGUUGGUUAGACCUGCUGCCUGCACUCCAGAAGCCCGAUAUAGCGAGUCAUCAAGUCCGGGUCGGGCCUUGCCCUGGGGAAACCAGUGUGCGUUACCUGGAGCUGCGGCCAGCACGCAACCCGUUCAGCAUCAACCCACCAACCACACCUUCUACCCUUGGAUGGCCAUUGCAGGUGAGUUUUUUUAA